AUGAUGAAUCCAAAUUUAAAAUAUCUAUUUAUCUUAUUUCUCUGCGUGACCUGCGCCUGCGCCGGGGCAUUUGAUGAUAUUGAUUUAGAACUUGAAAAUGGAAUUAUGGGAAAACUAUUAAGGGCAAUGGAAAAUCAAACUAAAUCAGAUACUUUGAAUCUGCCUGCUAAUGCAACGUCUAUCAGAGAAAAUAUUACAGAUACCUUUAGCUGCGAGAACCGAACGUACGGCUAUUACGCGGACGUGGACAACGAUUGCCAAGUGUUCCACGUGUGCCUUCCCUCGCAGACGCCCUCGGGACGCAGCGUCACUUACAGAUGGAGCUUCAUCUGCCCUAACGAGACUGUCUUCAACCAGGAAGUCCUCGUUUGCACAAGGCCAAGAGACGCAAUAGAUUGCGAAGAUUCACCAAAUUACUACUAUUUAAACAUGGAAAUCGGUAAAGAAACAAAUGAUACCAAAUCUGAAGCUGAAGAUAACACAAAUACAGAAAACACGAAUACAGAAUCUAAUAAAAACACAGAAACGGUUAACCAGCAAACUACGAAGGGGAGGAAUAGAGAAAGAAUAAAAAUAAAACAGCAAAGAAGAAAACCGGCUAAUAAAAGAAAACAAAAUUUAAUAGCACAAAGUCUUUUACAAGAAGUCGUUAAAGAAGAUUUAGCUGACAAAAAUAUCGAGUUACCUUACAUGAAUCCGGAAAUAAUAGAAUUUGUACCUAAAAUAGAAGAUGUCAAUGACGAAGUUCCAGUGGCAAUUACUGAAGAGGAUUUCGAAAACGCCAGGAUUUUUGCAGAACGGAGUUUGAAGAUAAAAAACAGAAAGUUGAAAAGAGGUUUAUUUAGGUUUAAAGCUGAUGUGUAGGUUAAGAACGUUAGAAUAUUUACAAUAAAUGCUAUAAUAAAGAUAAAACCA